CCAGCGCGGGGCCUGCGGCUGGCUCCUACCCAUCUUUCCUUGCUGGUGGGAAGACUAGACGCAGUGCAGGACUUGGUGAUGUCCUGGAUGGGGGCUGAGGAAGGCCUGUGAGCGGAGGGUUUGGGCUAAGGCUGCGGACCGGGGUUGCGUCCGUGGAGGGGGAAGGGUGGCCUCCAGCGCUGGGCGCCCCAGGGGACCAGAGGCGCGACAAACAGUCGGCGUGUUUGGUAGUCGCGCCUGCAGAGCUUUCAGCCUCCGCGCCGGCUGCGCGGGUUUCUCGGCGAGGGGAGCAAAGCCAUGCGGCCUACGUAGCCGAGUCGGAACCAACCGGUUGUUUGGUGCGACCGCCCCCAGAGCCUCCCGCAGCCCACGGCGCACAGCCUUGUUAGAAAGUUGGACAGGUAAAAGAACCCAGGACUGGCAGUGGAGAUGGGAUUUGGAGGGAUAUGUGUUACUGAUUUCCCCAUAAUGAAGGAGAGAGGCUAGACCAGACUGUUUUUGCCAACCAUGGCAUCUGGAGAUGACAGUCCUAUCUUUGAAGAUGAUGAAAGCCCUCCUUACAGCCUUGAAAAAAUGACAGAUCUCGUAGCUGUUUGGGAUGUUGCUUUAAGUGACGGAGUCCACAAGAUUGAAUUUGAACAUGGGACUACAUCAGGCAAACGAGUAGUAUAUGUAGAUGGGAAGGAAGAGAUAAGAAAAGAAUGGAUGUUCAAAUUAGUGGGCAAAGAGACAUUCUAUGUUGGAGCUGCAAAGACAAAAGCAACCAUAAAUAUAGAUGCUAUCAGUGGUUUUGCUUAUGAAUAUACUCUGGAAAUUAAUGGGAGAAGUCUCAAGAAGUAUAUGGAGAACAGAUCAAAAACCACCAAUACUUGGGUAUUACACAUGGACGGUGAGAACUUUAGAGUUGUUUUGGAAAAAGACACUAUGGACGUAUGGUGCAAUGGUAAAAAAAUGGAGACAGCAGGUGAGUUUGUAGAUGAUGGGACUGAAACUCACUUCAGUAUCGGGAACCACGACUGUUACAUAAAGGCUGUCAGUAGUGGGAAGCGGAAAGAAGGGAUUAUUCAUACGCUCAUUGUGGAUAAUAGAGAAAUCCCAGAGAUUGCAAGUUAAUGAAUUUUAAUCUUAAGAAGUAAAGAUCAGGACUUUUUAAUUACUGUGGUAAUUAAAUGUGGUCAGUAUGUACUUACUAGUACAUUUAGUCUGCAAUGUUUUUAUUUUUUUAAAAGUUACAUGAAACUGUAACAUUCCAAGGGUCAGGAAAAAAAUCAAUUAGGUACAGUCAUAAAAAUUACAAUUUAUGAUGCAAAUAAUGUAAAAUGUUUUAAAGACAAAUGGAAAAUAAGAUAUGGACCAAAGUCACUGAUGUUCUACAAAAGUAACCUUUACUAUAAUAAAUACU